GUUUGUGUCAGGCACUGAUAUGUGACCCAGACACUACCUUGUUGUGGGAUCUGCCUGUUUUUUCAAUUUGUCAGUCACCCAGCAGUGGGACUCUGACUAGAAAGAUCCAAAGUAUUCCUAGCUUUGGUACUGCUUAUACCAAAGGUGACAUUUAUGCCUUCCCUGGAGGCAGUGUUAUUCAAGUGUGAAUUUAAAUAUCUGGUUUGCAUUCAUUACAAACCCAUUCAAAAUGGGCUGGCUCAGACCUGGGCAGGACUGGUCUGAAGGUGCAGCUGACUUUCAUCCUCUUACAGCCUCUGGCAUACCUCUUUGCAGUGCACCUCCUUGAGGGUUGCUGUCUGGGUCAGGGACAGGUGAAGGACUCCCCAGCCUUUGUGGAGUCUCUUCUUGCCCUCUUGCACCCCAGUUUUCAGGGCAACUCCCCCUUCUGUGAAUUAGUUAUUCAGAAAUUAAAUUGAAUUUGAUUUCUGUUUCUUGGGGGUGUGGCUGCCAAUGGAUGAAAAUAAAACCUUUCGCUAUGGACUCAUCGUUGUGGGGUUCUUUCUGGUGAUGAUUGGCAUGUUCAUCAUGAGCGUAGAGAAGCCUCAGAUCUACAUCACUUUCUGCACUCUGGGAGCCUUGACCAUAGUAAUCGGGAUCAUUUGGAGUAUGUGCCAGUGCUACCCAAAGGUCAGAAUUGUUUCUGUUUAUUCAGAGUCGGAGAAGUUCCUUGUAAAAAAGCCUAGUACUUCAUGCGUUGAAAAUGAGAUUCCUGAGAAGAGUAGUUCACAGACACCUUAUACCAGCUUGAAAGAAUCUGAAGCCUAUGAGAAAAGCCUGCCAUCUUAUGAACAGGUCCAGAAGACUGUGGCAAGCCCUGCAGAACACUUGGGAGUCCUCCCUACCCCAGUCCCACAAAUCAAGGCAGGAGGGUGUAUCCAGCCUUUUGUCCAGGCCAAAGCAGAGGUCCACAGGAAUUCAGAGUGUGAUGGAGAUACUUGCAAGGAUCCAGAAUCACAGAGGGGAGCAACAAAGUUGCACUUCCAAUUUAAGAAGUCCCAAAGCCAAGCACCACUAGCUUCACUGCAAGAAGAAAUGGAUACCUCUUCAAUGGAAUCUACUUCCAACAGUCCAUUUCUACAGAGGUGGAAAAGUGCCCCAAAUACUGUGUUUCCAACAACAGAAAGCCAGCUCAGAUUCCAACUUCCUUGCUAUGAAGAUUUUGCCUUGAUUGAUUCUGUGAUGAUGGAAAGUCAGGGCUGGAGCAAUGGUGAGAUUAUGGCACCAAACCAAUGCCAUUGCUCUGUUCCUGCCACAGCAAGAGAUGGAACUUUGGCCAUGGCAGUACCUGAGCUACUGGAACACCAUGUCAUACAGAAAGUGGAAGAAGAUGAUUUGUUCUAUGGAAUCAAAGAGGGCCCAGGAGAUGUCCUCAUAUCUGUUGAUGCUGCCCUUGAACUGAAAGAAAUUAAGCACUAAAGGGGAUGGUGGGAUAAGUAAAACUUCUGAAGGGUCAACAUUGUUCACAGAAGUCCAAAUCCAGAAAAGAAUGAAACAGGGAGGUGGUUCAGCUAGUCAAGUCAACAGUGGGAGACUGAGCAAUGGGAGAGAAAGAGGAAAUUGAUGCCCAAACAUUUUUGUUUUCUGCAGAUUUGAAAGGAGAGAUGGGAAGAAUAAAUAAUGGAAUAGAACCAAAGCAGAAAAAAAGGGGGGGAAACAGAAAAGAAUGCAGAGGGAGCUGUACCUAUUCACAAUCCAAGGACAGGACAGAACACUAUACUCUCAUAGUGCUAUUAUUUCACUUUAACUGCCAUGGCAACAUCCUAUGGAAUCCUGGGCAUUGCUGUUUAGAGAGGUGUAUUUA